CACGUACCUCCAUGAUGAUGCAGUCCCAAGGGUGGAGAUACAUGGCUAUGUUCUCAGCAAGCACAUUUAUUCUUCUUUUCUCAAUGGCCACAGUCUUCCACAGCGUCUCUACUCAUGUUCUCGAGAUUAAUGGAGUAGAACAGAGUGCCGAUCACCGAACAUACACCUUCAUAGACAACGACUUCCCAGAACUUUUGCCACUAGACCUUCCUGACGUGCUCCUCACAGUGGAGGAGACUCGACACUACGGGAUUUCAGGACUUGAUGACCGUGAAGAAUGGGCGUCUUCCGCGGCGUACGGUUUUGGGUAUCUGCGCCUGGGCGAGGAAAAAAGGCGGUUUGCACUCUCGAUGUGGCAUCAGCUACAUUGUUUACGAACAAUACGGUUGGCCAUGGAGGGGCACCACGAUACAGGCAUGCGAGGGCAUAUGCAGCACUGUCUUACCUACCUCCGACAAAUGAUUCUCUGCCAUCCCGACCUUACGCUGGAGCCGGCGGAUAUGUUAACUCGAAACUACGAAAUCAAGAGAGUGGGGGCUACACAUGUCUGUAAAGACUGGUCGAAGGUGUACGAGGAGAUGGAAAGAAAUGUGAAUGCUACGACGAGUCGAAAUUCGGAUAGACUGUCAACGGCCAAAGUUGGAAAUUGAUCAGUGGGGCGGGUUCGGGAUUUCCCGAACAUUCGAUCGAUUAGGAUUUUUUUUUUUGGCGACCUUAUUUGUAUACUUGAACUUGGUACAAUAUCUUCAAUGUCUCUGAGCGG